GGAAGUACAGGCGCGGUCAACGCACCAGUCAGAGACACGAUCCAUCCAGAGGUUUCAGGUGUUCCAGCGGUUGCAGGGUCUGCGUCGUUUACCCAGUUUUACCGGUGGGAUCUAUGCCUGGGCCGCGGUCCGCUACCAGGCAAAAAUACAGUCCGCUGCGCACGAAAAAGGAAGAACUCCGAUCGGGCAGAGCCAGCCAGCCAGCCAGCUCGUGUGCCGUCGGCCCCGCUGUCAAGAUUGUAAACAAACCAGCGUAGAGGACACGCCGUUGCUGGUCAGCCUCUUCGAUCGCAUCGUCCUGACAACGCGCAGUCUUCACCUGCAAGGGGAGUCCAAUGAACGGGUUCAGCACGGAGGAAGAGACGCAGAGCGGCCACAACCAGGUGUGCUGCCUGCUGGACGACGCCGAGCGCUGCACCCGACCGGCCGGCAAUGCCAGCUACAGCAAGCGCAUCCAGAAGACGGUCGCCCAGCGCAAGCUCAAGCUCAACAUCGACCCCAGCGCGCAGCACAUUUACAUCUGCGACUACCACAAGGGGGUGAUCCAGAGCGUGCGGACCAAGCGCAAGCGCAAGGACAGCGAGGAUGACAAUGGCUCCAACGAGCAGGAAAUGGACAUCCCCGAGGUGGACCUGUUCCAACUGCAGGUGAACACCCUGCGCCGCUACAAGCGCCACUACAAGGUGCCCAUGCGGCCGGGCCUCAACAAGGCUGAGCUGGCAGAUAACCUUGCCCGGCACUUCCGCACCAUCCCGAUAGCGGAGAAGGAGGCCAUCACCUUCUUCAUCUACAUGGUCAAGAACAACCGGAACAAGCUGGACCAAAAGAAUGACCCCUGCACCAGCUAGGUGCACCCUUGCCCAAGGCAGCCCUCUUGUACAUAGCAUCCUCCAUCCUCUCCCACUGUACAUAUAGAUGGCCCCUGUACAUAAAUUAAUAAAGAGAAAGCCUGGCCAGCCUAAAAGGCAAA